UUUUAGCAUGGCAUGGUCUGCUACUGGACGACACACAAUGUGCGAUUGCAUGUUGUGAAGUGCCGAGCACCAAAUACAACUUGGGCCAAACAUCCCGUUAAGAAAACUUGGUACGAAACAGAUUCAUACGCCAAAGCUGAACAGAAGUGUUUGCAAUUGAUGGAGUCCUCAAGUGUUGAGACAGAGGAUGAUGUGAACACUUUUGCAAUAAGGCAGCGUAAGUGCCCAAGGAGGUUUGUCUCCGAAUCCUCUGAUGAUGAUUCUGCUCCAGUGGUAGCAGCAACCAAGAAGCAACCCAAGACUCGGACUGUGCCUGGAAGCCCUGUGUGUCAGCAGGACCCAAUGCCCUUACCACCACAAUGGUCAACACCAGCUGGGACUGGAGCCAGUCCUCACCACCCUAGCCCAAGUCCUGUUGACCCUGUUCAAGCCAGCAGCCGGGCACUUCAUGACGGACAGGGUGUCUCGGCUAUCGCAGCCAUGUUUGAGAGAAUCACAGAGGCCCACAUGAGUCGCUUGAUGCGGAGGCUCGAGGCUAGGUUUGACAAGAUCGAGUCAUUGGUGGAGACCAAUGCCCCGACACACACGCCUCAACUCCAGCAAGAUGAUGUGGUGUUGGCUAAACCAUGCAGCAUGGUGAUGGAGCUGCUGGAGUUGGAUAGGAGUCUGGAACAACCAGACAAGUGGAACAAGAUGCAACAUUUUCUUGAAACUGUCAGAGGGGCAGGUUUAGGGGCAGCCAUUCACCGUAUGCUACGCCGAGCAGCAAAUAAUGAGGUACUCGCCCAGUACAGCUUGCGGGGCAGACGGGCCAAAAUGUCCUUUGAUGACCUCGUUCUGUGCAAGAUUAUAAAGGGUAAGUGUUUAUAUAUUGAUCACAUCACUUUUAUGCCAUGCUUGACUGACUAGGUUUUGAUGUGUAACUUUCCUU